UGGGCGGGGCCGGGUUCUCCAGUUGGUCCGCGUCUCCUCGGCGAUCUGAGAGCCCCAGCGCCGCGCUGAGGAUCCCCGCGCCCACCAGGUGCGGCCAGCGGUGCUUGACAGCCAGGCCUGGACUUGUGGGGGCGGGAUCCGGCUCGCCCGUCCUCAGGCUGAGGACGGGCGCAUGAAGGUCCGGGGGCCGCGGCCCUGGCGCAGUGUGUGGACCCUGGCCUGGCUGAGACGACGCAGGCAGCAUGAGCCUCCUGGGCGCUGGUGCCCUUGACCUGGACUACACCUCUGGGCAGGUCCGCGGGGCACUGGUGGCUGCGGGCUGUGCCUUCUACCUGGGCGUCUUCGUGGUCUGCCACUGGCUGUCCUCCUUCCUGAACGCCACCUACCGCUCGCUGGCGGCCCGUGAGCAGGUCUUCUGGAACCUGGCGGCCACACGCGCGGUCUUCGGCAUCCAGGGCACCGCGGCGGGGCUGUGGGCGCUGCUGCUGGACCCCGUGCUCCAGGCCGACAAGGCGCUCGGCCAGCAGGACUGGUGCUGGUUCCACAUCACCACGGCCACCGGCUUCUUCUUCUUCGAGAACCUCGCCCUUCACGUGUCCAACGCGCUCUUCCGCACCUUCGACGGCUUCCUGGCCGUGCACCACCUCUUCGCCUUCCUGGGGUAUCUCGGCUGCACAGUCAACCUCCAAGCCGGCCACUACCUGCCCAUGGUCACGCUGCUCCUGGAGAUGAGCACGCCGUUCACCUGCAUCUCCUGGAUGCUGCUGAAGGCUGGCUGCGCGCACUCGCGGCUCUGGAGGCUGAACCAGUGGGCCAUGGUGCACCUGUUCCACUGCCGCAUGGUGCUCACCUACCACAUGUGGUGGGUCUGCCUGGGCCACUGGGGCCGCCUGGCCCGCAGCCUCUUCCUGCCGCACCUGGCACUCUUCGUGGUCGGCUUGGCCCUCCUCACGCUGCUCAUCAACCCCUACUGGACCCGCAAGAAGACGCAGCAACUGCUCAACCCCGUGGACUGGAACUUCGCGCCUGGCCGCCCCAAUGGACCGGUGCAGCCCAAGAAGGCCAGGUAGCAGCCUCGGCCCCCAGCCCGCGGCCUGCGGCCGCCCCCCAACACCAACCCCAGGCGUGUGUGCCCGCCGCGUGGUGCCGGAUGCCCUGGAGCUGACGUGCCCAGGGACAGCGUCCCGCCCGGCCUGUGCGCGGUCUCCCCAGGAGGGCCGUGGGGCAGCCCCCGAGGCGUCCCUGCUACCUGCUCACGGCCCUGCUGGCGUGGGCAGGAGAGAAGGCCCCCAGGUCCUUACCCCGACACCUGCCGAGGGGGCGUCUCCCGGGCGAAGCUUAUCCAAGCGAGAAUUUUGCUUCCCCUUUCCGUGGCUCUGCUGACACUGGAGGGAGACGUGAAUAGUCACUUGUCUAGAUGUGAGAGCUGCUUUUAACCGCGUGUGCAGCCAGCCCAUUUCUCCUAAUCGCUGUAGGUUUCGAGUCAGGGAGCCGUCGGGGGAUCUGCCCCGGCAGUGCUGGGCUGCAGGCCCCGCCGCCACCCUCACGUGUUGGCCCCACAGUUUAAUUGACAGUGCUGACAUCUUUUUCUUGCCACGAAUGUGCAAUUAAAAUGAAAAGCUUGUAU